AAUGUGCACACACUCCAGUCUCGGACUACAAUAGUAAAGAACCUGUCGUCGAUGCAAAAAACCUUAUCAAUGAGAUAACACGGGCAAAGGACUGAAAAUAAUGUAAUUGAAGAAAAUUGUGCUAGUGUAGGAACUAUGGGUUUUAAACUUAAAUUAGUUUUUAUAGCAACAUUAGUAAUAAGUGCCAGUGUUUUAGGACAAGAUGAAAUAGUGAAUGAAAAUGAAAGAACUGUAAGUGGAAAUGGGGAUGAAGCUGCAAAUCCAGAAGGCGUUAUUGCUGCAGUCACAGAAAAAACUGAAAACGAUUCAUUGGUAGAUUUAAUAGAACAAACAGAUACAUUAGAAGUGAAAAGUGGGAAGUAUCAAGUUUUAAACGAUGGUUUAGUCGGGGAUACACCUACGAAUUUGGACGCCGUUGAUUUUGGAUCAAGUGAUUCCCAAAAUGAGCGUCAAGUUAUAGCUCCACCUGGUACUACUUUCCCAACAACUUCAGAAUACGACCACAUCGAUGGCAGAGUCCUCCCUGAUACCAGCUACCAAAACAAUGGCCAGCCUUACAUCAUCACUCAACAAAGGCUGGCCCAAAUCCGAUCUAACUUUAUGUACUGGUUCUACGAUCGAGGAGGCAACGAGGAUAUCGGGGAUUAUCAAAGAGACAUUCACACGUCAACGCCACAGAUUCACAAGAACUUCAAUUUCCAACUGCCAUUCUUUGGGUUCAGAUUUAAUUAUACAAGAUUGUCCAUGAAUGGCUAUCUCUACUUCAGCGAUCCACCAGACCACUACACCUACCCCUUAUCGUUCCCUAUGAAAGACUGGCCUACAGUAAAUGACCCUUCCUUCAUCGGCAUAUUCUUCAGCAAGUGCCGUAUUGGAAGCCAGCGUCCCGAGGACCCAGAUCAAAGAAGACCUGGUGUUUAUUUUAGGAUGGACAGAGAUUUACAGACACGUACAGACCAACUUGGUGUGGAGAUGAGGGAACGUAUCACGUGGGAUAUUCGUGAAGGUGUCAUUGGUUCAGAAGCCUUCUUCCCUAAACACGCCAUCACGAUUACUUGGAAGAAUAUGUCCUUUGCCGGUGGUAUUGAUAACGCUUUAUUUAAGACAAACAGCUUCCAAAUGGUACUGGCGACUGAUGAAGUAUUUACCUAUGCGAUCUUCAACUACCUCGAGAUCAACUGGAGCUCCCACACUGAAGCUGGUGGUGAUACCACCACUGGGGAAGGUGGUGUCCCAGCUUAUAUUGGUUUCAACGCGGGCAACGCUACACGCAGCUACGAAUACAAGCCGUACUCCCAGGCGUCCGUGCUCCGAGACUUGACCGGAAGAGGCUGGGCCAACGGCUUCCCUGGACGACACAUCUUCAGGAUCGACGAGAACAUCCUUAUGGGCACAUGUAACAAGGAUAUAGACGGAGCCAACCUUCCUCUAAUGUUCGCCCCCGAAAGUGGUAACAUGCUUGGCGGUACCAUCGUCAACAUCACCGGCCCUUGCUUCAAACCAACCGACCGGAUCUCAUGUAGAUUCGACACGGAGUCAGUCAUCGGAGCCGUUAUAGAUGAAAACAGAGCUAUUUGCGUACAACCACGUUUCUGGCACAACGGUUACGCGAGAUUCGAAAUCGCUAUUAACAACGAGCCCUAUAAGUGGAAGGGAAAAUUUUUCGUUGAAACUCCUGCAACUGCCACUGAAAGAAUCUUCUUCCCGGAUAACUCGGUCCACGAGAGGUUACCUCCAGAAGUCCGCAUAACGUGGGACCGCUUCAAUUUAACGACCAACCUGAAUGUCCAGCUACAGAUCAGCUUGUGGGGCUACAAGGAAAUCACAAUCAGACCGCAGCUGGAGUUUAUUGAUAUGAUAGAAAUGGGCGUUGCCAAUACAGGAGAGUAUGUGAUAAAUCCACAGAACUUCCGCAACAGAGACAAUAUCAUGCACAACGACAUGCAGUUCGGGUUUAUCCAGAUCAAUUUGACUACUCCUGAGGUGUAUAAAGGUGUUCCGAUUUCACCGGUGUUAUGGAGUAGGCCAAUCCCUCUCGGCUGGUACUUUGCUCCCCAAUGGGAGAGAAUCCACGGCGCACGCUGGCCGCAAACCAUGUGCAACAACUGGCUAAGAAACGACCGGUUCCUGAAGAACUACGCAGCUCAAGUCUGGGUGUGCCCUUGUACGCUGGAACAUGCUUUGCUGGACAAAGGACGUUUUAUGCCCGAUUUGCAUUGUGACAAAGAUACAAACCCAACGUGCAGAUAUCAUUGGGGUGCUUUGCAUUGUGUUAGAAGUGGUUCUCCAAGUUCUGAAGGAUCAGGACAGCAGUGCUGUUAUGAUAAGAAUGGUUUUCUCAUGCUCUCUUACGACCAGAUGUGGGGUUCACAACCUCACCGAUCUCAUGACUUUGGAUUCACUCCUUACAAUGAGGCUAACAAGGUCCCGUCUCUAUCGCAUUGGUUCCACGAUAUGAUACCAUUCUAUCAGUGUUGCAUGUGGCAAGAGGAACAGGCGGUUGGCUGUGAGACAUUCAGAUUUGAACGACGUCCUUCUCAAGAUUGUGUUGGCUAUCAGGCUCCUGGAGUUGCAGGGAUAUUUGGUGAUCCCCACUUUGUUACAUUUGACGGCUUGCAAUAUACCUUUAACGGGAAAGGUGAAUAUGUUCUGGUGAGGGUGGAUCGUCCUGAGAUAAAACUGGACGUCCAAGGUCGUUUCGAACAAACUCCUAGAAACAGAUUUGGAGCGGUUAAUGCUACUGUACUGACUUCUGUUGUAGCUGCUUCGAAUAAUUCUAUCCCGAUAGAGGUAAGGCUGCGUCCACAGCAUGCGCAGUGGAGAUAUCGACUAGAUGUCUUUGCUGAUAACAAGAGAAUUUACUUCGAUCGAUCCUCGCUAAGAGUACAAUACUUCCCGGGUGUGACAGUGUAUAUGCCUAUGUAUAUCUUGAACCAGUCAGAGAUCGUCAUCAUGUUCCCUUCGGGCGCUGGAGUUGAAGUGGUAGAAAACGGAGGUUUUAUGAGCGCCAGAGUUUAUUUGCCUUGGACUUAUAUGAAUCAAACUCGAGGACUCUUUGGCAAUUGGUCAUUGGACGUCAAUGAUGAUUUCGUUCGUCCUGAUGGUGCUUUAUCAGCAAUUGACGUCAACAACUUCCAGUCGGCGCACAGGGACUUCGCACAAUUUUGGCAACUAACUGAUCGAGAGCAAGAGGGUAUUGGCGUAGCUAUGUUCUUCAGAGAAUAUGGUCGAACGGCAGCUUACUUCAACGAUAAUAACUUUAUACCGAACUUCAUAAGAGAGCCAAUUGACUUCUUGCCAGGAAAUCGAUCAGGAGACGUGAGGAGGGCACAGGAAAUAUGUCAAGAAUCAUAUCAGUGUCGAUAUGACUAUGGGAUGACGUUAAAUAGAGAUCAGGCGGAAUUCACGAAGAAUUAUCUAUCAUCUAUUGUAAACAUACGAGAAACAAAUGCACGUCGCGUGAUAAGCUGUGGCAUAUUGGAGACGCCUCGAUUUGGACGGAAGAGUAACUUCUUCUUCGUUCCUGGUACAAGGGUAAACUUCGAGUGCAAUCAAAACUUCAUCCUGAUCGGUGACAAGCGUCGUAUCUGUGAGGAAAACGGUAGAUGGAAUCUGCCAGAUUACGGUUACACUGAAUGCUUACGUAACCAGGAGUAUUCUCAGCGCGCUUUGUUUUUGACUUGGGGCAUCAUAGUGGCAAUUAUUCUACCGUUAGCACUCCUCAUUUGCCUGUUAUGGUUCUGGUGUUGGCACAAGCCGAGGUCCGAGGGCAAAGAAGGAUUCCGCUUCGAAGACAUUCCACGCUCGAAAUCCGCCUCUCGUCUUAAUCUUAGAUCAAACUCAAUGGGAAACAUCACUGACACUAUGAAAUCCUCUACCUCACGAAGCCAAGAUUCCGAUCUUAAGCCUAGAAUACCCGAUACUCCUACGGAUGAAAGCCCCUUAAAACCUCCUUCGACUUUAAUAACCAGGGCUGCACCUCUUCCACCUUCCGAAUCAAUGCAGGAUGGGGAUACUUCAGGCAUUGGAUAUUCCGACUCCAAUAAAAGCGAUUCCAAUAAAUCUGAUAAGGCCAAAAAACGUCGAGCUUAUGACAAAACAUACAGAACUAAUGAACCCUUACCGAAUGCUCCUGAGGUAGAAUUUGCAGAUAAACCCUGGGAUUUAUCUGAAGAAGAUUUGCUAUCAUUAACAACGCCAUCCGAAACAGAAUCCAAUAAAGAUUCGACUUUGACUCGACCCGCUAAAGAUAUAAAAUACAUUAGCAAACCACGCCAAACUGGUCGGCGUGCUCUUCCCAGUGAUUCGGGUUAUUCCACCAAAGAAGGAUCGGAAGAUCCUUAUUCACCAAAGUUCGAGGGACAAUACAGUCCUAUACCAUCUCAGUAUUCUCCAACUUACUCUGAGAUUUAUUCUCCACCAGUAAGCCCAAUAUCGGACAAUAGUCCGAGGAGCACUUAUAACAAUACAGGCUUACCAGAGCCUCCUAAAAGUGCUCCGCCUACAGAAAUAAAAACAUUUACCCUCCCUCCUACAAGAGGAAAGUCUGAAUACUCCGCCCGCACCCUCGGCGCCACAUGGGGCAUCAUCAGCGCUGUCAUGCUGCCCAUUGUGGUGGUGCUCAUCUGUAUCGGAUACCGCAUCCUGAAGAAGAGGAAGGACGACGACCGGGACGAGAGCGACUUCAUACCAAUCAAAACACGAACCUUCGACCCGGAUGAACAGUUGAAACUAAACUCCGAUGACGAAUCAAUCCCUUACAAAAAAGACCCCACUGAGGACAGUCCACAACCGACUUCACCGCUCAAAGUUGACAAUGAAGCUACUUACCCAUACACUCAAUACCAGCAGUCCCAAGACCAGUAUCAACCAUCAACUGAUACGUUCGGGCAACCAUACCAACCGCAAACCAUUGAAACUUUCGCGCAACCGUACCAACCACAAACCACUGAAACGUUUGGGCAACCACAACCGUAUGCUAGUACGAGUACGUCACCAGCGCCGCAAUAUCAACAGCAACAACCACAAACCAGUAAACCAUGGGUGGGUGAAACCGAAAUUAACUAGGACUAUCUUCGCCCAAGCUUUAGGGUCUACCUUUUCAUUAUAAGUUUACAAUACAACCAACCGCAAACCACUGAAAGGUUGGGGCAACCAUACCAACCCCAAACCACUGUAACCUUCAGGCAAGCAUACCAACCGCAAACCACUGAAACGUUGGGGCAAUCGUACCAACCGCAAACCAUAAAACAUUCGGGCAAGCAUGCCAACCGCAAACCACUGACAUAAUUUACACAGUGGAUGGAUGGUUAUUUUAGAUUUUUUUAAACAUUCCACUGUUUAUUACCACCUCAAUUGUUUUAUAAGUUAAUUUUUUUUUUCUAUUAAUACCUAUAAUUUAAGGAAGUAGUAAUACCUAAAUUGGAUAACGACAACUAGGGGCUACGUAAUAAUUUAAUUACCUACGUACGGGAUUACGUAAUUUCUGUGGAAAUAUGAAAUUAUUAGACUUAUAAAGUUACCAUAUUAUAGUUAAGACUCCUCAGCUAGAGUGGUGUUUUCCCUAGACGUCUAGUAACGCCAAUCGGUACCUAUAAGCAGUUUUAGUUUGUAAAUUAUUAAUAUAUUUUUGUAUAAGUAUAGCAUCUCUUCUUCUUUUUAAAAUGAUUUUACAAAAAAAAUUCUAUCCCACCUUUAGUAAACCAAGAAUAACUUACUUGUAUACCUUCCCUCACUAUUAUGUAAUGAAAUAGCAUGACAUAGUUAUAGUAUACUAUGUACCUAAUUUACAAGUACCUAGGUGGUAGCUUAAAUGCAUUUAAAAAUAAUAAUAAUUAUCAUUAAAUUAAUAUUUAGUUACCUACUUAUAUAUUUUUUUCUACAGUUAUUUAAGUAAUGUCAUGUAGUAUACCGUUAUUUAUUCGUCUGUUCAUUAUUCGUAAGAUUCAAUAACUGAAUGUUUUGCUUUUGUUAAAUAUAAAAUGUUACUGGAGCUGGGA